UGAAACCAACAGCAGCUUCAGCUGCCUUCGAAAAAUGCCAAAAGAAAAAAGGAAGGCUACUUCCUAGCCUUUAUUUUUUCUUCCCCUAGCAAACGUCAUCAUUGCUAACUUUUACUAUUAGCCGAAAGUAGAUGCAAUUUGGCCACAUAUUCAACAAAAUGUACCUUCCAAUUUCCAUGGCGGGGGAGCUUUUCAGGGGAAACCAGGGUUUUUAUGUUUAUUUUUUAUUUGCUUGAGCUUUUCAAACUCUCUGUUCUCCGUGGCUGUGUUGUCUUAACAAGUUAGGGUUUUUACAGGGGCAGGAGAGUAAGAAUGGAAGAGAAAGGUUUGAACUUGGAAGAAUCAGAGUUGAGGCAGAGAAAGGUGGCCCUGCAAUUUAAGGACCUUUUGGACUCUAUUGAUUCCAUCCGGGACGAGAUCCUCAGUCUAGUUCAAGAGGUCCAGGAUAAGGAGAAGCAAAGUGGAGUUUUGCGGAGCCAAGUCAAAGCCAAAUCCGAGGAAUUGCAUGGACUUGAGAGGUUGAUUGAAGAGAAAUCAAAUGAGGUUGAAUCACUUAAGUCCUCCUUGUGCGACUUUCAGUCAUCGAUCGAAGAGCACAAUGAGGAGCUUUCUGCUAAGGAGAAGCGUUUGGAAGAAGUUCAGAGAUUGGUUGGAGAGAAAGAGAGGGAGUAUGAUUCGAUCAAAAAAGGGAUUGAACAUGGAAAAAGUAAAUUGAACUGGUAUGAGGAAGCUGUGGAAGAGAAGUCAAAAUUGGUUGAGUCGAAGGAGGAAAAAUUGAAAGGGGUUCUACGAAUGUUAAAGAAGUAUGAUGAGGACAUUGAGUUUAGAAAGAUGCGAUUAAAUGGGAUUCGGGGGUCAAUUGAGGAGCGGAAGAAAGAAUUUGCUUUGAAAAAAGAGCAAACUAAAGAGGCGGAAAGAAAGGUUGAUCAAUGUGACAGAGAGAUGAAGGAUAAAGAGAAGAAACUUAGUUCGAUUCGGAAAUCGAUUGAGGAGUCCUAUAAGAAAAUUGAAUCGAGAGAGAAAAUAAUUGAUGCAAUGAAUUUGAAAGUGAAAGAUUUUUCUUUGCUGAAGAAAUCCAUGGAGGAGUGGUCCACUAAACUCGAACUGAAAGAGCGAGAAUUUGAGUCAAAAGUUAAGGAUCUUACUUUCAUUCAAACGAGAGUGAAUGAAUGCCUCAAUGAGGUUCAGUUGAAAGAACAACAUUUCGAUUCACUUGAAAAAUUGAUUCGAGAAGGAAAAAAGAAUUUGGAUUCACAAGAAAAGUCGUUACAAGAAUGCUCCAAUGGUCUUGAAUUAAAAGAGAGGCAGCUGGAGCAGCGGGCUAAAGAACUUGAAUUGAAACAACAAGAUAUUGUUUCGAUUCGAAAUUCUGCCUCUGAUAACAGUGUCAUUGUUUCUUCUUCCACAAGUAAUCAGUCCAGCAUCAAUAGGGAUGGUGAAGGCUUGCAGUUACUCAUGAAAGAGAGUUUGAAGAGAAUUGAUUCAUUGAGUAGUGAAUUGUCAGCUUUUCUUCAAGCGUCAUCAGACCCAGCAAAAUUGGUUUUGGACGCAAUGGAAGGGUUUUACCCUUCAAAUUCGACUGAGGACAACAUGGGGCUUAAUUAUGAUUUGAUAGUUAUUAGAAGGAGUUGUGUUCUUUUGCUACAGGAGUUGAAGAGGUUAACACCACAGAUCAAUCCUCUGGUGAGAGAAGAAGCAAUGAAGUUGGCGGAUGACUGGAAAGAAAAGAUGACGGUGGUGGCUGAGAAUAGCUUAGAGGUUUUGGGUCUUUUGUGGCUUAUUACGGCAUUUGAACUGACCUCAACUUAUAAUGCGAGAGAGCUUCAAAGUCUUCUUGCUUUAGUUUCUCAGCCAGAACAUGCACCUCAACUGCGCCAGGCCCUUGGCAUGACACAUAAGGCAUCUGAUAGUGCUCUUUCUAUCCCUAUCAAAAUUGAGGAACCAGAGCCCUCAACAGUCAGAAAUGUGACUGCUUCUCCUUCUCCAAUUCUUCAACUAAAUGCGAAUGCCCCCACCGAUGCAAGGAAUUCGCAGGGGCGUCCAAAUGAGCAUUUAAGUGGGAAUGAUUCAGCUAAUAAUGAAUUGCUUGAUGUUUUACGACUGCCGGUAGACCGAGAAAAAAUUGUUUUGAACUUGAUGCAAAAAUCUCUUCAUCAGUACUGGAGCAAUAGAAAUGUUGGUUUCAUAGACAAUCUCGUGAAGACCUACAUUCCCAUGUUGAAUGAGCUGAUGAUAACCUCAUCAAAUGUUGCCCUCGAUGUGAAAAAAGAGGCAACAAGCCUAGCAGUCCAGUGGAAAGCAAAAAUGAGAAUAGAUAAGGAAAAUUCAUUGGAGAUUUUGGGUUUUUUGCAAUUUUUGGAUGCAUAUGGAUUGCUUUCGACCUUGAGUGUAGAUAAUACUGUGAUGCUUCUUGGGAUUAUAUGUCAGAAUAAACCGGUCCUACAAUUAUGCCAGAUACUUAGUUUUGCAGAUAAGAUCCCUGGUUUGAUUUGGAAUCUGAUUGAAAGGAAGCAGCCGAUUAAGGCUGUUAGAUUGAUUUGCACCUUCAAGUUAACUGACAGGUUCCCGCCAGUGGUACUCUUAAGUAAAUAUGUGGAGGAUGUAAGGAAGUCUUUCCGUGCAAUAUUACAGGGAAAGAAAACAAUUUAUGAAAAGGAUAAUGUAAUAAACAACCUAAUAGCUGAUCUGAGGGGUGUCCUUUGUUGCAUAAAGGAUCACAAUCUUGAGUCCGAAUACCCUUAUAAGGACAUUGAAUUGGAAAUAGUUCAGCUGGAAAGUCUAAAGGAGAAUUUGAGACGCUUGCCAACGGCUAUUGCCUCCACUUGUGAACAACAAGAACAUGAAAGAAGGAAGAGAUGCAGUACUAGUUCUGCCCCCCAGUUUCAACCACCAGAGAAACGUCAAAAUAGAAGCCAUCCAACAGCUGUAGCAGCUGCUGCUAGAUCCUGCACAUCUUUCCGUUUGCAGUUAAAUCCGUCAUCUCAGCUAUUUGGAAAUAAUGGACACCCUGGGCAGUUUAGUAUGGCUGCCAACCACCAUGAAACUGGUGGCAGUUUUGGUUCUAUGCAGUUAACUUCGUCGUCUCAGCUGUAUGGAAACUAUGGACACCCUUUUCAGUUUGCUAUGGACCAUGAAAUUGGUGCUAAUUUUGGUCGCAUGCAGUUCAGUUCGUCAUCUCAGCCGGCUGAAAAUUUUGGAUUCCCUCCCUUGGCUUCCAACGAGCAUGGGAUUGGUGGUAAUUUCAGUGCUGUGCAGGAUGCCGGUUUACAUAACUCUAAUCAGUUCUCUCCCGGCGCUCAUGGUUCUGACCCUAGCGAAACCUAGCAGGGAACCCUCCACACAAGCUAACUUUGACGAACCACCUUCAACCCCUGUGUACAGUUCUGAUUCUAGCGUACACCGUCCUUGUACGGUUAUAACUUCUUCCUUGAGUCACACGUAAUUGUAUCUACGACACGAAUUCGGUAGGUCGCCAGCCUGCUUUCUGUUUGUGGAUUGCAUUACUUCCCACUGUUGUAGUGUAUAAACCUGGAGAUGGAUAGUCCUUGACAUGUUUAGAAAACGUUAUUGCUUAGGAUGUUGCACAAAUUCUAGCUAGUGAAGUUCAAGGCAUUUUGGGGAUUUUCUAUGGUGCUCUGGGGUAUGUUAUACAACAGAGUUUUUAACCGUUAGAAUAUUAUUGGUCAAAAAUACACUGACCAAGUUUUAACGGUUAAACCCACGGUAUAGGAUGGUUAAACCCACGUUAUAGGAUAUUUUGAAGCAUCGUAGAAAUUUCGACCA